ACCGUUGCGGCGUUGCCCUCUCUCUCUCUCUCUCUCUCUCUCUCUCUCUCUCUCUCUCUCAGAUCUCCGUUCUCUCACAUCUCUGAAGACCGAGGAUGGAGAAUUCGGAGGGGAAGGACUCGUCGCAGUGCGUGAGAGUGGCGGUUAACAUCAGACCUCUGAUCACGGCCGAGCUUCUGGUUGGCUGCACGGACUGUGUUACUGUUGUCCCUGGUGAACCACAGGUUCAAAUUGGGUCACAUUCAUUCACUUUUGACUACGUGUUCGGCAGCACGGGACGCCCAUGUUGUCAGAUUUAUGGCGAGUGUGUUGCUCCCAUUGUUGAUGCGCUUUUUCAGGGUUACAAUGGCACUGUGCUUGCGUAUGGCCAGACGGGGUCAGGAAAAACAUACACAAUGGGGACAAACUACAACGGCGAGGACAACGGUGGAAUAAUUCCUAAGGUCAUGGAGACCAUAUUCUCUAGAAUAGAGGCAAACAGAGACUCUGCUGAAUUUCUAAUUAGAGUAUCUUUUAUUGAGAUAUUUAAGGAAGAGGUAUUUGAUCUAUUGCAUCCAAAUGCGCCAGCUUUUUCUCGAAGUGAUGGGAUGUCCCUAGCAAAGCCUACAAGCAUUGGAAGAGCUCCUAUUCAAAUAAGGGAAACCUCAAAUGGGGGAAUAACACUUGCUGGUGUGACAGAAGCAGAGGUCAGGACAAAAGAAGAGAUGACUUCAUAUCUAUUGCGUGGUUCCUUAUCUCGUGCUACUGGUAGCACAAACAUGAAUAGUCAAUCAAGUCGGUCACAUGCAAUAUUUACAAUAUCCAUGGAGCAAAAGAAAAUUGCGUCUUAUCCCACUGGUGCUACUCAGAACGAUUGUAGUGAUGACAUUUUGUGUGCAAAGCUUCACUUAGUGGAUCUUGCUGGUUCUGAAAGAGCAAAACGGACAGGAGCAGAUGGAAUGCGUUUUCAAGAAGGUAUUCAUAUCAACAAGGGACUGUUAGCCCUUGGUAAUGUGAUUAGUGCCUUGGGUGAUGAAAAGAAGAGGAAAGGAGGCCAUGUCCCUUAUCGAGAUAGCAAGUUAACACGUCUAUUACAGGAUUCUCUUGGAGGAAACUGCAAGACAGUUAUGAUAGCUUGCAUAAGUCCUGCAGAAACAAAUGCUGAGGAAACAUUAAACACUUUAAAGUAUGCAAAUCGAGCUCGCAACAUUCAGAACAAAGCAAUUAUCAAUCAUGAUCCCAUGGCUGCUCAAAUGAAUAGAAUGAGAAGUCAAAUUGAACAACUGCAAGCUGAGCUUCUUUUCUUUCGUGGUGAUUCUGGUGUAUCAUUUGAGGAGAUUCAAAUUCUGAAGCACAAGAUCUCUCUGAUUGAAGCAAGAAAUGCAGAACUACAAAAGGAGCUUCAACAAAGUCAAAUUGCAUGCGAACAUCUCAGACAAUUUGCUGUUGAUGCUCAGGUUGAAAAAGACAAACUGAUUAUGAAAAUUGAAUCAGCACGAAAUGGAAAAUCUUGGGAUGAAAUUGAUUGUACUUCUGAUCAGGAAUUUGAUUUGAUGAAGUCGUAUGUGUCAAAAAUUCAAGAACUGGAAGGGGAACUAGUGCGCUUGCAGAACUUGAACAGUUCGAAAGAACCAAUACCUAAUGGAUUUUUGGAUCUUCUUGAGUCAUCAAAUGAAGAUGGGAUUCACUCAAAAAAAUUGUACUAUAAAAAUUUUCGUGAACUUUCUUCUGAUACAAAAGAUGUGGACAUAAACAUAGGAGAGGCUGAAGAUGAGGUGAGAGAGCUAGAAAAUUCUUCUCUUCAAGAGAAGUUGGAUUUGGAACUCAAAGAGUUGAAUGAAAAACUUGAUAAGAAAGAGGCUGAAAUGAAGCUCUUUUCAAGUGUUGCUACCUCGGAUCUUAAACAACAUUAUGAGAAGAAAGUUCAAGACUUGGAGGAUGAGAAAAGGGUGCUGCAGAAAGAGAUUGAAGAACUGAGAUGCAAUCUUGCAAAUAUUUCAUCCACUUCUGAUGAAAGUACUGAAAAGCUAAAGGAAAAUUAUCUUCAAAAGUUGAAUAUUCUUGAAGCACAGGUUGCAGAGCUAAAGAAGAAGCAAGAUGCUCAAGUUCAACUCCUAAGACAAAAGCAGAAAAGUGACGAGGCUGCAAAACGGCUACAAGAUGAAAUUCAUAGGAUAAAGACUCAAAAGGUUCAACUACAACAAAAAAUCAAGCAAGAAUCUGAACAGUUCCGAUUGUGGAAAUCAUCACGGGAAAAGGAAGUUCUUCAGCUUAAGAAAGAGGGAAGAAGGAAUGAUUAUGAGAUGCACAAGCUACUAGCUUUGAAUGAGAGGCAAAAGAGGGUUUUGCAAAGGAAGACAGAAGAAGCUGCCUUGGCUACAAAAAGACUAAAAGAGCUAUUAGAAUCUCGAAAGGCUUCAUCACGUGAAGCAUCUGGUGUAGGAAAUGCUAGUGGUCCUGGAGUUCAGGCACUGAUGCAGGCAAUUGAGCAUGAGCUUGAAGUCAUUGUGCGGGUGCAUGAAGUACGCUCUGAAUAUGAGCAUCAAAUGGAAGAGAGGGCUAGAAUGGCUAAGGAGGUGGCAGAGCUGAAGGAAGAAGCCCAAAAUUCAAGGCAAAUAAAUUUAAGCGGCAGCCCUCACGCUAUGUCUCCUGGCGCAAGAAAUUCGAGGAUUUUUGCUCUUGAAAACAUGCUUGGGACCUCAUCUAGGUCUCUUGUUUCUAUGGCUUCACAGCUUUCAGAAGCGGAAGAGCGUGAACGAGCUUUUAGUGGCAGAGGGCGUUGGAAUCAAGUUCGGUCUCUUGCGGAAGCAAAAAAUAUUAUGAAUUACCUAUUUAACUUGGUGUCCUCGUCCAGGUGUCAGCUAUGGGACAAAGAAGCUGCCUGUAGAGAGAAGGACUCAGAAAUAAGAGAAUUGAAGGAAAAGGUAGUCUGUUUGGUCCGACAACUAGAGAUGCAGAAGGCAGCACUUAUUCGCCAGGAGAAACUGCAGAAAUUGACCCUGGCGAAACACUCGACUGAAAAUACAGCAAAUAGGAAUGGACAUGUAUAUCAUUUGCGCCCCAAGGAAUUUCGGAGCUCCAUGAUUUUUAAUAAUACAGGGAAUAACCUCGAGUUGUUGGACAUGGACACAUCUGAAUCAGAACACUCAGAUAUGGGUGGAGCCGGUGAUGAUUCUGACUGGGUAAUGUCAAGAGAACGAAAAGCCAAGAAAAGGAAAUCUAAAACUGAAGAUAUAGAUAAUUCUUCCGGAACACUAUUGCAUCCAAUAGAUAUAGAUAAUUCAGAAAGUCUCGAAAUGAAGCCUUCGAUUGAGGAAACAAUUGACAGAGUCCUUAAAACUGCAACCGGAGUUUGCUGCUCUUGUAGUAAAAGUUCUUUGUGCAAGACAACGAGAUGUGAAUGUCGAGCUGCUGGGGGCAGUUGUGGGGUUUCAUGCGGUUGUGCAGCCACGAAAUGCAGCAAUAGGACCAAGAAUUUGGAUUACUUGCCACAAUCGGAACUGGCUGAAGGCAGCGAUGUAGCAGAGAUGAGCCGGGAUCUUGCUUCUCAAGGCGCAACAUUGCUUAUGAGUGCAUUAUCUGAGAAGCCAGUUGACGAAAUUGAUAAAAACAGACCAAGUAGGAAGCCUUUGGCAGAUAUCGGGAAUGCAAUGGUUAAAUCAAACGCGCCAAAGCUCAAUCGACGAAAGAAAUGGCGAAAAUCAGUGAUCCAGCUGGUCCCUACCGUGCCACCACCACCUUCACAGCCCGGAAGCACUCCAUCUCCAGAGAUGCCAACGAGCAACACGGCUGAUGCGGAGAUGAUCGCGUUGCGGUUACCGAGAGCCAUGAGAUCGGCAGCCUCAAACAGCAACAACCUCUUGAGAGAGAGGAAUUUCGAACAGCCAGACUCAUCAUCCUCCAUUGUCCACAAAGAGGAGGAAGGCGCAGCAGCUCCAAGAAAUUCAUCCCGGCAUCAAGCAGUAACAGAUGAGAAAGAGAACAGAGCCUCUUAACUAAGCUAGCAUCUCAGAUGAAUGCUAAUCCUAUUUGACAUCUUUUCUGUAAUUGGGGGGAAGAACAGCACCACCAGUAUCUUUAACCAGUUUGGUUGGUUUUCUGUAUGCAAUUUAAUGUAAUUUGUCAUUCUUUGCUAAACUUGCCUUCCAGAUCAAUACAAACCUUUUGCCAUUUACCCUGUUGGCAAAGGUUUUUCUGUAAAGGGUAAUAUUGCUGACCCUUUAUUUCUUGUUUCUCAUGACGAGUAUUUAAUUUUUUCAA